UUCAAAAAUGGUAAAACCAAAAAUUUAUGAUGAAUAUGAAGCUCAAAAAGCUGUAAAUGCGGCAAUUGACGAUACUUCGAUUGAGGAUGAUUUUGUUGAUCAAUAUUUUGAAGCUGCUUUGGAAGUUUUGACUGGGAAGGUCCAAGAACGCUCGGCGGCUUCUAAUCACAAUUUGGAUUUGAAACAGUUGGAGGCGCUUUUGAAGUUAGCUAGGAAGAAGCUUGAUGUCCAACCAUCCAAGGAAAAUAAAUCACCAAAAAAGUCGAAUGAGAGCAACAACGAUGAAAUGGAAAAUCCAACAACGUCAUCUUCCUUAACUGAAAAACCAAAAUCGCCUGAAAAGACUAGAAAGCCUGGAAGACCUCCAAAACGAAAAAAUGAGGAGGAAGAGGCUCCAAAGAAAAAAGAGACGAAAAAUAAAAAAUCUGAUGAUAAGGUGACUGUUAGGAAGAAGAGACGUAAAAUAACUGAGGUACUCCAAGAAGAAGCUCGUGAACAAGUUUUUCGUGGUUCGAAGGAUCCGGACAGGUUUUUUAUUGUUUUUUAUGCGUCAUUUGAUUGGGGAAUUUUUAUAAGAAAAGGGGACGGGCGAAGAAAAGGAGUUAUUUCUGCUUACUUUUCUGCCGACUCUUUUCUACCAUGUUAUGGAAAACUGACAACAAGUGAAGCCUUGGCUCUUGCAUUAAAAGUAUUACCUCCAACGUUGUCUCCAGUCAAAACUCGUUCCAAAACUUUUUCUUCUGUUAAUUCGUUAAAAGCUUUGACUUGGAAGGAUCAGAGGGAUUAUUCUCCAACAACGACAGUUUCGUCUUCAGCUUUGGUCUUGUUUAAAAAAGAUGAAAAUAAGAAGACGCAAGACUUGACUGAAACAAAGAUGAAUACUAGAUCAAAGACUAAUGCACCUUCAACCAGCGAAGCUCUUGGUCCUUCUCAAAAGCCAACAACAACUUCCAACAAAGCCAUUCCAUUGCCUGAUGUUCCAAAGGAAAACGUUACAAUUCCUAAUGUAAAUCGUGAUGCUGUUAGUGUUACAAAAUCUGUUCGAGUCCAUAGUAAACAAAUCCCUACAAAUCCUCGAUGGCAUGAAUUCCCUACAGGUUUUUAA